CGAACACAAUCGCAUGGGCUAACGUAGACUCGGAAUCUUGGAAUUUCCCGCCCUUCCGACUUCCCGCCAAUCUUGGCUCGUUAAUUCGAAAUCUGUAGAAUGCCUGUUGGAUAGGUGUAUCUGCGGCCAACAGAUUUCGCUUCUCUUUCCACGACCACACUGCAGCUUCAGGGGUUCGACCGCGUCAGGUCAGAGCGUCUAACUACGGAUAAGAACCGGUGACAUAUCCGGCACGGUGGUGUUGAGAGGCCUCGGACAUGAUGGAGGUUAUUCCGGAGCAGAAGACUGCGACGAAAGUUUCGAAAGUUUCGAAGAAACCGCAUAGGAAAUCCAAGCUUGGGUGCCAUACUUGCAAGAGGCGUAAAAUCAAGUGUGAUGAACUGAAGCCAGCAUGCCAAAACUGCGUCCGUCACCUGGUGAUUUGCGACUUUCUGCAAAGCCGCUCGACAGCGAUAUCAUUGCCCAGCAUGCAGAUCACCUUACGAACAUCCAUCGACGGCAGAAACGCAGAAGCCUCAGCGGCGGCUAUAAGACCGGCGCCAGCUAUCGACCAAACCCUCAACUUUGUCGACUUGGAGCUUAUCCAUAACUUCACUACCUCCGUGUACAUGACACUAUCAACUGAUGACCUCGUUCGCCAGAUGUGGCGAGUCUCUGUAGUGCGCAUGGCGCUGAAAUGCGAAUACGUAAUGCGAACCUUGCUCUCCAUAUCCGCUCUCCAUCUGGCCCAUCAACGGCCGGAACGCAAAGAGUCACUCGUGGCCAAGGCCCUACUUUAUCACCGAUCAGCUUCUAGGGAAGCAAUGGAGUUGAUGAGUACUCUUGACGAACGAAAUGCCGAAAACUUGUUUUUGUUUUCGCUUCUCACAAUCUUCUUUGCUCUUGCAUCGGGACGUUACCUGAAAGAAUCAGUCGUCGUCUGGGAGUCAGCAUUUCCGGACUGGACGUUUCUUCUAUCCGGAGCUUGUUCUCUCAUCAAACUCCUCAACUCCAAGAACUAUGAGGGUCCGCUGACUCCUCUAUUGACAUACGCAAAGGAACGAUUCUUCACAGCCCGUGACGAGUCACGAGCUCGACCAGCCGCCUUGGAAAGUCUGCGAAGACGCGUCAGUGCCAGUAAUAUUGACAAAGACCUGCUGCGCAUCCAUAAUCUGGCCAUUGACGAAUUGGGAUUCCCUCUUGCCCUUGCUUUGCAUGACGGAGGUCGUGGUAUGGACAUUAUGGACAUGUUCAUCUGGAAGUAUUUUGUCUCGGACGAGUUUCUACCUUUGCUUAAAGAACCGAGGGCGAAUCAAGCGGCUAUUGGUAUUUAUGCCCAUUUCUGCGUCGUGCUGAAGAGAUUAGAAAGCCAAUGGUGGCUUCAGGGCUGGUCGAUUCAUCUCAUAUCACAGGCGUGGGAGCUGCUGGACGAGAGCCACAAGCCAUGGAUUCAGUGGCCGAUGGAGGAGCUUGGGUGGGUGCCUCCAAGUUACUAGUAGACUGUAAGGGAAAACAUCAUGAAAAGUCGAACUUGGAAGCCUAAUGUGAUAGAUACAGUCUCUGAUCUCCUGCCUCCAUUCUCAGUGUUACAAUGAACUUGACUUGACGAGAGCUCAUAACGUGCACUCCGCAACUUCCGUCGACCUAUGGUGUGUUUGAUAGAAUCAAGCAGACGUCUCUGCAUGCAACUCUGGAACAAAACUCUGUCUUACUGAUAAUUUGGAGCCAUCGUUAUAUUUACUGGUUUGAGUAGAUGAUUCAAUUGAC